GAAUGGGUGGGACUUCUACAGCAUGUUUCCCUCGAGACCUUGUUCAAAAAACAGAUCAUGACCCGAUAGCAGGGGAAAUAACAGUCAAAUUGUUUUGCUCUUCCCCCCCUUUUGAGUUUGCACAAAUCUUGUAGCUGUUCCCAAUUUUCUUUUUCCUUGGUAGUUGCGUCUUUUGAGCUGUUUCGUCCUUUUCUUUCUGUACACCUCUCAUUCCAUUCAACCUAAGCGCAAAUCUUCCAUCCUUUCUGAGUGCGAACCGCGUCAACAUGGCGGCACUGCCUCAUGCUUCACAACGUGCGGAUGCCAUAGUUCUCGAGGCAUGCGCGCUCAUAGAUAGCGGAGGACUGCCUCAUCCAUCGCCUCGAUUGCUCAAAAACUUCAUUCUGCAAGCAUUGGACCCGCGCGCCCCCGCCAACUUCGUGCUGAAGACCUGCGAACCUUUCAAAUACGAUGCAACGGGGCUGGGGCUCCAUGCUCGUCUAUCUGAGCUCCUGGCCGACUGGAAAUUUAUUGUUCAAGCAGUCAAGGAGCGAUCAGGCUGAACCCACCAGUAAAGUCUCAAACCAUGGCGACCAACCGCCGGUUCCUAGUGUGCCGGCACAGGAAGCAAUCUUCAGGCGUGACGGGGGAAUGUGCUGCAUCACCGGUAAGAAGGGAACUGCAGACGACCCUCUAAUUGUGGCACCCGUCAUUCCGAUCCCGUCGAUGUGGUGCGCAGCCGAGCCCCGGAAUCCCAAUGUCAUUCCAAUGUUGAGUGCCUUCUUUGGAGCGCCUUAUCGGGACUGGUGGCUGGCCUACAUUCGAAACCCUGAAAGGAUGGAGCCUCUUAAUAGCCACUGGCUUGUGCGGCAGUCUGCAGCAAAGGCAUAUGCAAAAGGCCUUGUUGCCUUCCAGCGAUUACCGUCAUCCUGGAUCGAGUAUAAUAUACAGGAGCUGGAAGUUGGCGUCAACUCCGAGUCGAUUGAGAUCGACGGCCAUUUAGCACUUCUUGGAGAUCGUUCUCGACGGGGACUUCCAAAGGUAGACCCGAAGUUUCCUGGAACACAUGCUCGAUUCACGGAGAGCAUGAGAUGGUUGGCGUUGGUCGAGGAUAUGGAGAAGCUCAACACACCCAAGCCUAAGCAAACAGGGUUAGGGACCUCUUUUCUAGGUUUGCGCUCAGGACUCGCCAGCCUCGGCUCGUCUUUCACUCAACGCCUUGGGGACAUAUUGCUAGCAAUUUGGCGAAGGUUUCCCGACUCUAUGCGGGUGGCCUUCUACAAGCUCCUGCGCAAGGUGGGACAUCGACUAUACGGGAGAGCACGCGCGGAUACCGCAAAUACGCAAAGACUCCCUUUUGGGCUCUAUUUCAAAACCGGGGCCCAUCCCGAGGUGAUGCGUAACGAAUUUCGUGCACUUCAGAUUGUUCGCGAGCACACCAACAUUCCAGUACCGAGGCCGAUAGACCUUGCCUUCAUCCCCGACGGUGUCGAUAGUGACAACGAUCAGGGCUUUAUGGUCAUGUCUCGGAUGCCCGGCCAUCAACUUGCCGUAGCACAUGACAUGAUAUCCGAACUCGACGAGGCAGGCUUCGUCGCUCAGAUGCAGGACUACCUUAGACAACUGCGCAACAUCCCCAACAUAGUGAGCUCAGAAUACCAAAUUUGCAACACCCUCGGAGGUCCCCUCCGAGACGAGCGUGACAACUGGGGGGCCCCACGGGGCCCCUAUGCAGACGAGGCUGCCUUCAGCAAGUUCCUGCCACAUGCAGACGACCCGGGCCGCUCGGGACACGAAAUCUACUUUACGCAUGGCGACCUCAACGACCGCAACGUCCUCAUCGGCAUUGUGCCGCUGCCCGACGGGUCACGGGGGUGGAGGGUGACGGGUAUCGUCGAUUGGCAAUUUGCUGGGUUCCUGCCAGAGUACUGUGAAUACACCAAGUCCAUGUACGAGGGGUUUCGGUUUUCUAAAAGGGUGCAGCAGAUGUACCAUACCAUAUUCAAAGGACUGGGUGACUAUACCAAGGAAUACGAUGUCGAGUUCAGGCCGUCGGACAGGGCCGGGUAACUACCUAGUCACCGCGUUCAAAACUUUAUGAACAAGUCUGACCGGGUUUCCUUUGUCAUCGUUCAGACGAUAGGAUCGACUUGGAUUUGUUUGUCUGAACUCGUCGUCGGAUGGGUUUUUGAGAUGGAUGAGUACAGAAUGAUAUAGCAGCGAAUGUUUGGUUUCUGUUUGCUUCAUGUUGUCUUUGACACAAGUUUUCUGUCUACUCUCGGCGUUGUUUAUAGAACUUGGAUCCACCCACCCCUUUGCUCAACCCCGCUCGCGAACUACCAUAGUAUGCUCAAUUCCCACUUAUAGUAUCCACGAUACCCACCUUGUUAGUGCGAAUAUCUCACUCACCUUAGCUCUCUUUUUUUCUCUCUCGGUAUAUCAUUAGUUUGUGAUUUUCUCCUCAUUCUGUAGCAGGCCCGUUGUUUCUGUUUUAUCAGACAUUGCGUCAUUCCCGU